AUGAGCAACCCUGUGGGUUCCAAGCCGCCUAGCGGCGAUCCCGAAGUGGAGGGACACAAAGCUACCGUCGAGCAUGCCUACGACAUCGACGAAAAGGCUCGAGCCGCCGACUACAGGGCUGACGCCAUCGAGGCAGAGAACACGGAAUACAAAAUGGGCGUGCUCGAAGCUGCGAAGGCUUACACCAUGGCUUCUCUGUGGGCCUUCGCCAUGUCUUGCACGAUCAUCAUGGAGUCUUACUGCGUCUUCCUGAUGGGCAACUUCAUCGCGCUGCCUGCCUUCGCCGCUCAAUUCGGCGUUGGCGGCCCCCUUGGUGCUAUCAUCGGUGUGUGCUUUGCCGGCCCCCUGACGAGCCGUAUUGGAUACCGCUGGGCGACUAUUUCUGGGCUUAUGGCCCUCAACGCCUUCAUCUUCGUCUUCUAUUUCGCAAACUCGCUGCCCGUUAUUCUGGCCUCUCAGCUGCUCGAGGGCAUACCUGAGAUCGUGCCUAUGAGGUUGAGGGCCCCGACUACGCAGAUGUUGCAGAUGUUCUGGGCUAUCGGUGCCAUUAUCGUCGGUGCUGUCACGUAUCGCUACAACACGCUUGAUAGCGAGACAGCCUUCAGGGUCCUUAUCGCGCUGCAGUGGACGUUCCCUACGCCUCUCGCCAUUCUCAUCUGGAUUGCCCCCAAAUCACCUUCGUGGCUCGUCCGCAGGGGCAGUCUCGAAGAUGCUGAGCGUUCUGUUCAGCGCCUGGAAUGUAAGUCUGUGGCCGUCAACCUGAAGGAGUUGGUGGCGAUGAUGCGUCGUACUAUCGAGCUCGAGAAGACCGAAAAGGAGCCCAACCACCUCGAGCUGUUCAAGGGUACUGAUUGUUACCGUACUCUAAUUGUCUGCUGUGUGUAUGCGGCGCAGAACCUGACUGAAGCUGGCAUGAGCACCGAUACCGCUUUUGCCAUGGGUCUUAUCACCUCGGCCUUGCAAACCGUCAUGGUCAUGCUCUCCUGGAUUCUCACUCCGUAUCUCAGCCGCCGCACAAUUUUCCGGCACAUGGAUCGGCGGUCGGAGGGCAGGGCUAUGUUGGAGAUGAACACCAGGAAACGAACACCUAUCACUGUUCAGCAAUUGUACUUUCUUGUAGGGAGUCAUGCCAAGAUAUGGAACGUUGAAAACUGCACUCUUGGCCACAUGGGAUAUGAUGGUCUAUGGCCUUUGGGCCCUUCCUAUACGGUACAUAGAACCCUGGGAUACCUCUGA